AUGGCAUUGAUCGGAGAAGUACCCGGUUACUUCGAAGUAUACUCCGAUGGAUCGGUUCGACGCUCAAUCCCCGAAGUGGUUGUCUCAACCGGUACUCAAUCAUCUAAGAAUUAUAACUUCAAGGAUGUCGUUAUCGACUCGAAAAAGUUAGUUACUGGGAGGUUGUUUCGUCCCAAUGUUACUAAUUCUACGACAAAACUUCCUAUUUUGGUUUACUUCCAUGGUGGUGGUUUUUGCAUUGGCUCAACUACUUGGAUUGGUUACCAUAAUUUUCUUAAAGACUUGGCUAUUGCAUCUGAAUCUAUUAUCUUGUCCGUCGACUAUCGACUGGCACCGGAGAAUCGACUUCCUGCAGCUUAUGAAGAUUGCUACAACUCACUUGAAUGGCUCAGUUAUCAAGAAAGUUCUGAGCCAUGGUUGCAGAAUGUUGAUCUUUCUCGAGUCUUCCUAUCUGGGGAUAGUGCAGGAGGGAACAUUGUCCACAAUGUUGCAAUCAAAUCCAUCAAGAGCAACAUUUCCAACUUGACCAUCAAAGGAUUAUUGUUAAUCCAUCCUUAUUUCGGGAGCGAGAAGCGAACCGAGAACGAGAAAGGCCGAGGAGUAGAAGGAUUCGUCGAAAUGAACGACAUGUUCUGGAGAUUGAGCAUACCAACAGGUUGUGACCGUGAUUAUUUUGGAUGUAACUAUGAGACUAAUGCACAACAAGUAAGUAAAGAAGAAUGGAACCAUUUUCCUAAUGUGGUGGUUUUUGUGGCUGCCUUGGAUUUCUUGAAAGAAAGAGGAGAGUUGUAUGCAAAAUUCUUGCAAAAAAUGAAGGUAAAAGAGGUUAAGCUUAUAGAAGCCGCUAACGAAUCCCAUGUAUAUCAUGUAUUCCAUCCCCAAUCCGAAGCCACUCGUUUACUUCAAGAACAGAUGAGUCACUUCAUGAAGAGCUAUUGGUAA